AUGUCUCUAUCAUCGAGAUCGUGCUACAGAGAUACUGGAGCUGCUUGGGUUUUAGCAAGCAAUGGUCAAGUUCCACCAAAUGCUGUUCCUGGCGGACAAGAGGGCAAUGGUCAAAUACUCUAUAUCGCACGAUUUAUCACAAAAGAAGGUCAACUAGCUCCUGGUAAACUUGCUCCUCAUUAUCAACAAGCUUAUGCUAGUUGUGGUGGAAAAGAACAAUCUUCUUCAGUCUAUCAAGUUUUGACUUAUCCUAAUCAACAAGAAUUAAAAUGGGUUCCCAGCAAUGGAAAUAAUUUACCAACAGGAGCAUUACAAGCUGGAGGUAAUCAACAAAGUCCUUUAUUUAUUGGUCGAGCUUCGUUUCAAGGAGGUAUAUGCUGUGGAAAAUUUGAGCCAAGUCAUGGUUGUGUUUAUUUACCAUGGGGUGGACGAGAAAAUAGUGUACCGAAUAAUUUUGAAGUUUUAUGUUUAACGAGGAUUUGUGAAUAA